AUGAAAACGAGCAAGAAGGUCUCCAAAAAAAGAAAUCUGAAGAAUCUCCAUGGCGCCUUAAAAGGAUUAUUGAAAGAAUCAGGCAAAAAGAAAGAGACCAAAAUACGAAAGCGUCAAGAUUACACCUCUAUCCCCCAAGUGUAUACCCCCAUUAUCAAAAAGUCAAAGAAGAAAAACAGCAAUGAAAAAUCGCGAUCAAUCGCUGAAAGAGGCGGCCACGUAUAUAUAAUGUCCAAAGAGAACCAAGUCAUCCCAAAGCUAACUGACGAUGAAGUCAUGGAGCGCCACAAACGAGCAGAUGAAAACAUGAAGAAAGUCUGGUCCAAUAUCAUAAGUAAGUAUGAGUCUAUUGAAGAUCAGGGGGACGUCGUAGACCUUAAAACAGGUGAAAUAGUUGAGGAUAACGGACAUAUCAAGAAACUGACAGCCAGCAACAUCACUAAAGAUAAUAAAACAAGAUACACAAGUGUGCUCAGAGACAUCAUCGACAUCAGUGACGAGGAAGAAGGAGAUAAGAAUAGCGAAUAUACUAUAUGGGCUGAUGAUAGCGAAGAAAGCAAUUCUGAGGUUAAUGUUGAUAAUGACAGCGAAGAUGAGGAAGACGAGAAAGUGAUAGACGCGGAUUUAAAGAAGUACGAAGCCAAGCUCUCAAAGAGAAUAUUACGAGGUUAG